AAGGCUUUUAAUCAAAUAACCCUACGCUCUUUUCUCUUAAGGGAGACGUUUCUGUUAUUCGGAGCUUUGAAGGGUGGAGCAGCAGUUUCUGUUUUCUCGUAUCUAGAAAUGUCUCCGUUCUUUGAAUUGAACAUAGGAGCAAAGAUCCCUUCGGUAGGAUUGGGAACCUGGAGGGCUGAUCAUGGUCUCAUUGGCGAUGCCCUUGCCACCGCAAUCAAGGUUGGAUACCGCCAUAUUGAUUGUGCUCAACUUUAUGAAAAUGAGGAAGAGAUUGGCUUUGCCUUGAAGAAGAUUUUUGAAGAUGGUAUAGUGAAACGAGAGGAUUUAUGGAUCACUUCGAAACUCUGGUGUUCUGAUCAUUCCCCAGAAGAUGUACCAAAAGCAUUAGAGAGGACUUUGAGGAAUUUGCAGCUUGACUAUCUAGACUUGUACUUGAUCCACUGGCCAGUCAGCCUGAAGAGGGGGUUGAUUGGUUUUAAGCCCGAAUAUCUUACUCAACCUGACAUACCCAGUACAUGGAGAGCUAUGGAGACGCUUUAUGACUCUGGCAAGGCUCGAGCAAUAGGCGUGAGCAACUUCUCCACAAAGAAGCUGGGGGAUCUAUUAAAGGUGGCCCGUGUUCCUCCUGCUGUCAAUCAAGUGGAGUGCCACCCUUCAUGGCAACAGCCACAGUUACAUUCAUUCUGUAAAUCUAAUGGAGUUCACCUUUCUGCGUAUGCACCAAUGGGUUCCCCAGGUGGCACAUCUGGCAAGAGCAGGCAGCUCCUUAAGGAUCCUGUUCUCAAUAUGAUUGCAGAGAAAUUGGGCAAGUCUCCUGCACAAGUUGCUCUUCGGUGGGGGCUGCAGAUGGGUCACAGCGUGCUACCAAAGAGCACAAACGAGGGUAGACUCAAGGAAAAUUUUGAUGUUUUUGACUGGUCUAUACCUGAAGACCUCUUUGCCAAGUUCUCAGAAAUUGAGCAGGUGAGGCUAGUUACAGGUAGUAAUUUUGUGCACGAGACUUUUGGAGUAUAUAGAAGCCUUGAAGAACUGUGGGAUGGUGAGAUUUGAGCAUGCAUGCAAUCGAUUAUGUAAAAUGUUUUCUUUAUAUGCUCAACUAUCCUUAAUUUGAUUGGUUACUACUUAAUUCUAAUGUCAAACGCCUAGUUGCGGUGGUAUUUCUAA